AGAUGGCGCUACAGUACCUGACGUCACGCAUAUGGCGGAGAGCGUGUAAUCCUGAGUUUGCCCUAUGAAGAAAAACUUUCUUUCUUUAUUACAUUAAAAAUCACAAAGUUACCCUGUUUUGCUACCAGGGAAACGACCAUCAUGAUAAUAGUACUGAAGACGUUACAGCAGAAAUCUUUCAAGGUGGAAAUAGAGGAGAGUGCAACGGUCAGGAAUCUCAAAGAUGAAAUUGAAAAGAAAUAUGGAAAAGAAUUUCCUGCCUCCGGGCAAAAGUUAAUUUAUGCAGGUAAAAUCUUAAGUGAUGACAACCUUCUAUCAUCAUACAAUAUAGAUGAAAAAAGUUUUGUUGUAGUCAUGGUUACGAAGAGAUUGCAAACAGAAGAAAAGAAAGAAGAAAAGAAGGAGGAAACGAAACCACAAGAAACUGCUGCAGCUGCUGCCAGUGCAUCCGCAAGUAGUGCCCCGUCUGCUGCAGCCGAGAGCACACCUAAAGCAGCUGAGGAGAAGAAGAAGGAAGAAGAAAAGGCAGCAACCCCAGCCCAAGAAACAAAACCAGAAACACAGCAGUCAAGUGGAGUUGAAGCCUUCCAUAAUGCAGAAUCCACGCUAGUGAUUGGUGAAGAAUAUGAGAAUAUGGUGACAGAGUUGAUGAGUUUAGGCUUUGAAAGAGACAAAGUCAUCAGGGCAAUGCAAGCAAGCUUCAACAAUCCAGAUAGGGCUGCAGAGUACCUCAUGACGGGUAUUCCAGAGUUUGUUCCAGAGUCAGCACCUGAAACGCCGGGAGGUCAACCAGCAUCACAGCAAUCAUCUCAACCAUCAUCACAGUCCUCAUCUCAACCAGGAGGUGAGAUUCCUUCAUUGGAAUUCCUAGUUCAACUUCCUCAGUUCCAGCAGUUACGGCAAGCCAUAACUCAAGAUCCAUCCAUGCUUGGUCAAUUCAUCCAGUCACUAAGCCAAUCAAAUCCAGAGCUUCUCCAGAUGAUAAGUGAGAGGCAGGAAGAGUUCAUUGCCCUGAUCAACCAGCAGCCUGAUGCAGCGGCACAACCUGCUUCGGGCGGUGGCAGUGGUGGUGGUGGUGGAGGAGGGAGUACCCAAUCACAACCUUCAGCACAGCAGCAGCAAUCCUCAUCACAACCUACCAAUCCUCCCAGCCUACAGGCAGGGGGACAGCAAGGUGGUGGAGGUGGUCCAGGUAUCAGGAUGUCAGCUGAGAACCCAGGUGUCGCGUACAUUGAACUCAUGCCAGAAGAGAGGGACGCAAUUGAAAGACUGAAGGGCUUGGGUUUCCCAGAACAGGAAGUAAUAGAAGCCUACUUUGCUUGUGACAAGAAUGAAAAUUUAGCUGCGAAUUUCCUCCUUCAGAACUGAAUCACCUAUUAUUAUUUUGCAGAAGUAACCAAUAUUGUUUCCUUGGUCACCAGGGGCUGUUAUUGUAAUGUUUCAAAGAAUCAAGUAUCAAUGAAGCAGAUUGUUUCUAUUCAACUCUCGAACUUUGUUAAUAAGCCUGUCACACACUACACAUUCCAACUACGAUGUUAUUUAUGAACAAAUCACAUUUUUCAUUAAAAUAUGAAAUUUGAAGACGUAAAAUAAAUUUUUUGAGGUUCAGCAUUAAGCUUGGAGUGCUAAGAUGGAAUUCUGCUUUGCUGCAAGCUUUGUGGUCACACUGAAUUUUAAAUCGGCUUUAAAUCCCAGCCGAUCAUGACAUUUUGAUUUUGCUGCUAUUCCUGAAAGGGGAGGGCUUAAAAUUGACUGAAAUUUUGACUUCAGUACUCGUACUCCUAUUUGGAAAUCUCGAUCAUUAAUAUUUUAUAGGUUGGAAUGUUAUAGGUCAAAUGCUAUCACAAUUUUUUUUAUCAGAUAGCAAAAGAUCAUGUAGUGUAUGGCAGGCUUUAGUCGCAUCCAUGAUCCAUGGCUGUGUUUUGGAAAGAGUUGGUGGAUUCAAAGUUACACUCAAGCAGUGUUUUUUUUUUAUCUCAUAAUUUGUCUGAUGACUACACAGUAGACUGGGCAUUCUUGUAGCAUGAUAUAACCAAUCCAGUUUUGUCUUAUUAUACCAUAUGGAAUGGAAUCUCUGUGCCACUCAAAAUCAAACUCAGCUUUAUGUGAAACAGUGCCCUCUACUGUCGAUAUUUAAAUCAUUGUUGUUCAUUGCUCAAUGACAUAAAAUUUCACUGAGAUCUUGGCUUCAAUUUCAUCAUAGCUGCUGCACUCAACUAUAAGUUCAAUCCGUUGAAAAGCAUUUACAGCCGUGCUAAAAAGUAAGUGUACCCCACCACAAAAUGGACUCCUUCAUGCCGGAAUGUUGAAUGUAGACAACAAUACUACAAUAUUUGGCAAGCCCAGAGAAUCAAACUUUAUUGAAUGUAAAAUUUUAUCACCUGACUUCACAAUUAAAUAUCUACAACAUGACGGAUCUCUUUCAGUGUGUACAUUUCCUGGUGGGGUUCACUAUAUUUGAUCACCACUGUAUAAUCUCUUAGGGAAAUAUAAUUAAAUGUUACUUUUUCACUUCAUCCAAAUGGUUUUAAAAGCCAAGUGAGUUUAUUCAUAAAUAUUUGUAUGGUGGGACUUAAAAAAGCACUUUCCUGGCAUGAUGAAUGUUGGAUGUACUAUGAAUAAAUAUUUUAUCUUUAACCACCAAUAGCAUACAAAGAAUUUGAUGAACACGGAAAAUGUAAUGUGUACAUUUGACUUAUACAAAUGAUUAUGUUUCAAUUUGUUCUUUACAUGUCAAGGAUAAAUUGUGAUGUUUAUUUAUUAUAUUAAUUAAUCUUGGAAAAGGAAAAAUGCUCUUAUAUACGGUCGAUUGGGAACUGCCCUAUCGAACCAUCAUUUUUACUACCCCCCCCCCCCCUCAUUCUGACCUAUUCCAUUCUUUUUUUCCCCAUAGAGUCUAGUACAAAUUUCUCCUUUCUCAUAGAUUCACAAGGUUUUAAUCAAAAAUAACAAUAAUGAUUUAAACUGCUCAAGUAGGAAUGAUGAAUAUUUGAACUUGUCACCAAGCAAAAGGGUUCUCACUUAAUCUACCCCGACAUUUUUUACAUUUUGAAAACAAGGAAUUAUUAUUGAUUGAUUGUGUUUUUCUGCAUUGGCUUCAUUGCAUGCUCUGUGUACAAUUACACUUUAACAUUGAUAUAAAACAGACAAUUUUCAAUUAGUUAUGAUCAAAAGCACAAAGCUGGUCAUUCGUUCCUUGCAUAUGAUGCUGUUUAAUGUAUUGAAAAUACUAGGAAUGUUGAAUGUUUUCUUCUAUACCAGCAAAUAUUAUUGUUUGUUUGUAUAUGUUUUUUUUAUAAUAUUGUACAAAGUAUUGAUCAAAUAUUAUCACCUCUAGGGACUCGACGAGUGCCAUGUUGUAAAGUGAUAAUAGUACUUGAUGAGAAUUGGUUAGAAGUUUUGGUCAUGUGAUGGCAUAAUGCAAUAGCAGGGUGCUACAUUAUUAUGUAGUCGAUGUAGGCAGGGGCAAGCAAAUCUAUUCAAUGAAUUUUGUGGUACCCAUAAUCCUCCAUUCUUUUUAAUAUUCAAUUUGUUUUGACUUGGCAAUCCAUGAAAGGAAUCAGUAAAUUGAGUUGACAUUUGAUUGUAUCCAUUAUUAAGCAUAUCAUUUUCAUUCUUUUCACAUUUUUCAUUUCCUUUUAUCUCUGAACUUUAAAUUUGGAUCUCUUUGAUCUAUUAUGUUAUAAAAAUUAAGGAUAUUCUUAAGAGUUUCCACAGAUCAGUUUGAUAUUUGCAUAUAUUUCUUAUCGUUUUUGAUUCAUAACAGACCAUGUAAUUUUGUCUCAAACCAUAUCAGAUAGCAUGAAUUACAACACCGUUAUAACAAUUCCAACAACCGUUAUGAUUACCAUGACGUGUUGCAUGUUCAAUGUGAACAGACCAUCAAAGUUGUCAGGAACAAUCGAUUUCUGCCUUUUCUUCACCGUGUGCCCCAAUGGGUCCCUUGUGUAGGCAGACUAUGUUCUGAUUACAUAGUCUUGACAUAGUCAUGAUAUUUAGUUCACUUAACCAAUUAUACUCUGUUCCAAGUGGUGAAGUUGUAGGUUUGGGAAAUGAUUUUACAGGAAGAAGGGUUUGUUUGGGGAUAGUCAUGAUUUAAGCUUGCCAAUUUAAUUUCAUGAAUGCUAACUAUUCAAUAGUUAAAGUAAUUUACAAUCUUUCUACAGUCAUUCUACAAUCUUCUGUUAUGGUGUCCAUGCUUUGAUUAAUCUAUGUUUUUAUAAAAGAUAUUGUGUUGCAUGAAAAGUAUAUUAAUGAUACCGUUUGUUCUGGACAUUACGUAGGUCUCAUAUCCCAUGGUCAUGUAGGUGUUAAACUUGACACAAUUAUGCAGCAUAAAGGAUAACAUUGUUGUUUUUACAUCCUCAUGAUCUUCAUAUUCUUUCCUAUAGUAAUAUGCCAUGCCAUUCUUAAGUAAUUCUAAUCUAAUUCUAAUAAAGCAUUUCACAGAUGUGCUAAGUGUUACUCAUAGAAGUAUUUUGCACUGGGUUUUUUUUUUCAAAAAAUAUUUCAGGUCCGAAUGAAUUUUUUUUUUUUAAGAAUAAAAUUAGAUAUGGUUGAUAUUUACAAUUUAUUAUCUGACUUUUGUGUAUGGUAUGCCAUGGAAAUGUAUACUUGUACAAUUCUAUUGAUACAUCUUUUGUGUAGCAAGGCCUUGACAUGUGUCUUGCAAGAAAGGUAACAAUGAAAAUACUUUUUUUUCACAAAAGAAAUACCAUAAAGCUUUUAAAGGUUUGCUUCCAGGAGGUAAUCAAUAUGAUAAGCAUGGACACCUUUUGUGCUAUUUUGUUGGGGUCUUAAGCGGUUUCAGACGUUCUCGCCACUCACGAUGGAUAACGCUACCAAUCACCAUUGGUGAUCAGUAACAUGUCAUUUACAAGUUAUCAUCACUCACGAUGGAUAGCGCUAACAAUCACCAAUGGUGAUCAGUAACAUUUCAUUCAGACGACCACUCACGAUGGAUAGCGCUAUCAAUCACCAAUGGUGAUCAGUAACGUCAUUCAGACGUUAUCACUAGCAAUAGAUUGCUAACAGGCGAUCAGUAGCACGCCAUUUAAACAUUUGGUCACCAUUUUAUGAUAUGUAAGAUGUCUUUCCGCAGGUUACAAGACGACAUCUGACCAUCAGCGUUUCUCUCCUGGAUCGAAAUUGAUAAAUCUUAUUUUGCGUAAAUUUGUGUAUCUAGUGUACUUCAUUUAUUUGUUGUACACAUGCAAAAACAGGGAUGUCACCCCCCCCCCCCAUUUUUUUCCUGUUAAUUGUGAGAAUAUAAUCUCAAUUUGUAAAAGUACAUGUAUUAGAUACAGUCCUUAUCACAUUUUCUUAUUAAUCAUAGUUUAAUACAAAGAAUUAAAAAGCAAGAAUUUUACUAAAGUUGUCAGAUAUCUAGUUCCUACGUUUAUUAUAUUCAUAAUUUAUGGAUAAAGAGCUGAAAUCUCAAAGACAAGGAAUUUAACAAUAUGCAUUCUGAAAAUUAGUCCAAGUAUGUGUACUUUUCUUUUACCCAGUAUUUGAAAUGACUAAUUUGAGAAAUGUACAUUUGUUGGUAUCUGAAAGAUUGUUUGAUACUUACGACAACAUAUAGUGUAAAUAUCUCAGAAUAAAGGCAAAUUGAUCAUUUUCUUUUUGCUUAAAUGAA